AAACAACUUUAUUUGGUAAGUGAUAAUAUUUUGGUUUUGGGAGUAGAGAUUGAAUCCAGGACAUCCCAUUUGCUAAGUAAGUGCUCUAUCACUUGAGCUCACCCCAGCCCUUUUUUUUCCCAUUAACUUUAUUGUUAUUUUAAAGAUGAUGUACUGAGAGAUUACUAUUACGUAAGUCGGGUAAUGAGUACCUUUCCAUUCAUACGGUGUCUUCCCUUCCCUCAUCCUCCCCCAGUCCCUUCCCUCCUUCAUUUUGUUUUUGAUAUGUCUCUCUACCUUUGCUCAGGCUGGCAUAUCUUGAACUCAAGAUCAGCUUCUAUCUCCAAAUAGCUGGGAUUACAGGUGUACACAAUUAUUUUCAACUAAUUUAUAGUAUGUACCCAACUAACUUUAUAAUAUACAAUCACAUAACUAUAUAUAACUAAUUAUAUGUAGUAAGUUUCCACUGUUAAGUAAUAUGACAACUAUUUUAUAGAUAAGAAAAGUGAAGCACUGAAAGAUUAAGUAGUUGGGGUUUCAUAGGUAGGAAAUAGCAGAAAUAAGAUACAGGUAGUUCAAGGCUAUGCUAGGCUAAAAGGCUUAAAGAAUAUAAUGACUAAAGAAUAGUUUUGACCUCAGAAAUGAAGACAAUGGAUUUCACUGUACAAAAUGUAUGUUAUGAGAAAGGGCAACUUUUUUGGCCCUAAACUCAAGGAAUAGGCUAUUAGGCCUGGGUCUGUGUGGGGGAGGGGAGUUCUUUGUUCUGUGAUGACCUCAGGAUAAACUGCCACUGGGUAAAGAAAAUGGAAUGGCUGCUGGAGGAUCUGCCUGGGACUGGAGGAGAUAUAGGACUUCCCUGGGGCCAGCUGACAUACGUUCUGGCUUGCAGACACUGUGGCAGCAACACUUGCCUUCAGAGUCCAGGGGAUCUGGUGAUACUAUUUUUGUUCAUUGUUUGGCAGGUCCGAAGAUGGUGGCAGCUUGGGAAGUGGCAACAGCUUCAGCCCUGGUGCUCUGGAGAUAUGAUUCAAGGCAAGGGCCUACCAUUUUUGUACCAUUUGGCUUUCCUUAAUUAUUUGUGGAAGCAGAAAUCAGAGGAGGAAGAGGAAGAGAGGGAAGGAGAGGAAGAAUCAUCUUUUGAUCUACCGAAACUAAGUUCUCCUUCCAAAGAAGUUCCCAAUGGAAAGCAAAGCACAAUCCCACCCCAGCUGUCCUGUGGUUCUGAGAGCCUUCCCCAGGCCACAGAAACACCAGAGCGAAUAACUACACAGUCCUCAAGCCCUUUUAGAUCCUACCCUACCAUCCAGAUUCUGACCAACUUCCCAGUGAGGAACAAGACAUCAGCAGGGAGCUACCUGCAGCAGAAAAGCCAGCUCUUCUGGGGUUUUCCCUCUCUGCAUAGUGAGUCGUUGGAAACUAUCUUCCUAAGCUCAGAUGGUCCAUCUCCCCUGAAGUUGUCUAUUUGUCCUUCUGUUUUCUUCAACAAGCUUGCCUUCUUGCCUAAGUACAACUUGUCACUUCCCUAUUAUCACUCUCCAACCCAGUUUCCUACCCAUGAAGCACAUACUAUGGAAGAUCUGGAAGAAAUGGCCCAUAAUUCUCAGCUAGUUUCAUCUCCAUCUACCCCAACAUUAUCUCUCCAUAAUUUUAAGCCCUUACCUAUGGACCCCAAGAGGGUCCUAUUUGGUGCUGAGGCAGAGACAGAACCUCAAGGAACUAGCCCUCCUGUUUACAAAGCUCAGCUGGGAACCAUGGGACCAACUAGUGAGAGCCCCCAAGUUUCUAAGCCCCUAACGCCCAUCUCUUGCCAACCCCCAGUGUAUCUGUCAGAAUCCCAAAAAGCUAACCCUAGAGAACUUUCUGCUUCUAAAGACUUCUGGGAAACCAUAGAAUACCGAGAGAGCCCUCAGGUUUCUAUGUCUCCAAUACCAGCCCCAACCCUUCCUCUAGACUCUCUGUUAGAACUCCAGAAGAGUCUCCUAGAAGAUCCAUCUGGAGAUGACCUUUGGUGGGAAUGCAGAGAAAACUCAGGAACCCUCUGGACCUUUGAACCCCAAGCCUUGGAUCUCAACACAAGUGUCUAUGAAACUAGCCUUGUAUGUGUCCCAUCAGUAUCUGCAACUUCACAGAAGGGAACACAGAGUAGAGAAAAUGUUUGGGUCUCUGUAGAACCAGUUUCAUCUACCAGCCUUCCUUCAGACUCUCUGUUGAAGUUUCUAGGAGUAGGUUCCCAGGAAGACCUGUCAGAGUCCAAAGCUUUGUGGAAGACCAAGGAGCAGAGAGAGAACCUCUGUGUGUAUGACUUCACAGACUCUACCCAGAGAACACCUGUAGCCCCCUUUAUAGAAACUAAAUUGAAAGGUAAUAAGCAUUCCAGGAAUUCCUGGGCUUCUGAAUCCCCAUCUCAGACACUCAGCCUACCAUGUGCUCUUGCAUUAGAGUCCCUCAGAGUUAGCCCCAUGGUGAUCCUGUUUGAUUCUAAUGCUAAGUAUAUGGAUAUACAAACAAGAACAAACUCCAGGGCCUCUAAGGUUCUAGCACACAGCUUACCCCAAGAGCUCUAUGGAGCCAGCCACAUAAGAGCUGGGUCUGACUCUGAGCCUGUUGGGAAAGAUAAGGAACAGAGAGAAAACUAUCAUGUUCUUAUGUCUCCCAACCAACCCUCAAAUUCUAUUUCAAAGUCCCACAUAAGUGAGCCUUUUGGAGACCAGUCCAACUAUAAACCUGAAGGGAACACAGUGAAGCAGACAAAGAACUGCUGGGCCACUGACCAACAAGCCCCCAGCUCACUGUCAGCAACUCCAUUAAAGCUACACACUGACCGUAAGUUUGUGCAAGAAAGAGAGGUCCCCCAAGAUCCCAGCCUCCCAUUAUUGAAUAACUUGUGUUCAAUAUCCUGGCCUCCAACCCUAACCAAAGCUCUGAAGAGUGAGCCCACUGAGCUUGAAGUAUGGAAAGGAAAGAUAUUCUCAGAAACUAAGGCAAAGGCCCUAUCCUCCCAGGGAGAGGCUGUCCUAGAGGUGCUCACCCAUCCUGGGAUCCAUGUCUGGCAAUGGAGUAGAGAACUGGAGUGCAGGCUAAAGAGACUGCACCAGAGCCCUUUCAAAUCUUCUAGCCCAAAUCAGCCAUGUUGCAGCUUCCCUACCCUGAGCUCCACUACUCCAGAUUCUUCAGAAUCCUCUUUCUAUCACCCACAGAUCAGGCGUCUUAAUCUGCACUAUUCGAGUUGUCAUCCCCCCAAAAUUCAGAGUACAGUACUUCAGCCUGUAGAAGUCCCCCAUUGUCAUCACUCCCACUCUUCCCAACUUCAGCUACAGGCUCCUGACCAGGGCAAAGCAAGAGUCUCAGAAAAAAGAAUUAAAGGGAAGAUGGUGACUCAAGUCCCAGCUCAGGGGCCAAGUGUUCACAUAGAGGCUGAUAAGAACAAUCCAGGCCUGAGAGAGUCCUCUAACACUGGAGGUCCAGCCUCAGACAAAAGACAGAACCAAGUUUCAGCUCUAUCUUUAGCCCAAAAGGCAGAGUUUCUCAGAAAACCUAAAGCAGGAGAAUAUGGAGGAGAGAAGGCAAGAUUGGGCUUACGUAAAGUCAUAGGGAAGAGUCACUCUUCCCAAGCCUGUAGGGUAACAGAGGCUCCUGAGAACAGAUUUUCCCAAAGGUCUCAGCACAGAGAUCAGGGCUCUCCUCACACUGCCCUGCCUCAGUAUCUUGUCCUCAAGGAUGCAAAUCCCCAGAAUAAGCGGAAGGCAGGUUUGGUAACUGGUGGUAUCGAGAACUCUCACCACUGUAAGCAUUGUCCUUGGGCCCACACAGAAAAGCAUCUCCCAAGUUCCAUAUCCCAAGCUCCCCAUACCAGGGGUUUCCAAAGUGUAUUAGCCAAAUUUCUGGGUAUUCGUGGACCCCCGAGCCCAAAUCCAGUCAGUAGAGAAAAGACUAGUAGUACUGGCACCUAG